AUGAGGCCGUUGACCGUGAUAUCUGUUGAUUCUCAAUUUUCAUUUUUUAGUUCACAGCGGCGGGGUGCACGGGGGACACUAUUAUGCAUAUAUCAGGCCAACACUGGGUUUGUUGUUGUUGUACAAUAUGGAUUGUUAACUUCUGUACUUGCGUAUUAUUUUGAGAGAAAAGAUAAAACUUCAAAUUCUAGUGCUUAUAUUGCUAAAAUUGAGGUUGCUAAAGAAUUUGGUAUACCAGUGCAAUUCCAGCGUUACUGGCUAUGGGCAAAGCGCCAGAACCAUACAUAUCGGCCCAAUCGUCCAUUGACAGCUCAAGAAGAAGUUCAAUCCGUUGGUCAACUGAGAGAGGUUUCAAAUAAAGCGAAUAAUGCUGAGCUAAAAUUGUUUUUGGAGGUAGAAUUUGGCCUGGAGUUGCAACCUGUUCCUCCUCCAGAGAAGAUCAAGGAAGAUAUCCUUCUAUUUUUCAAACUUUAUGACCCUUCGAAAGAGGAGAUAAGGUAUGCUGGACGGCUUUUUCUAAAUGAGUUGGCUGGCUUUUUGCCUGAUGAAGAAAUUGAACUUUUUGAGGAAAUAAAAUUUGAACCAAAUGUGAUGUGUGAACACAUUAACAGGAACCUGAGUUUUCGUGGCUGUCAGCUAGAAGAUGGGGAUAUUAUUUGCUUUCAGAAAUCCCUUCGGAAGCAAGGGAAUGAACAAUAUCGCUUUCCAGAGGUCCCUUCGUUUUUGGAAUACGUGCACAAUCGCCAGGUUGUUCGCUUUUGCUCAUUGGAGAAAUCCAAGGAGGACGAGUUCACUCUGGAGUUGUCGAAGCAGAACAACUAUGAUGAAGUUGUUGAAUGCUUAGCUCGCCAUCUUCACUUGGAUGAUCCAUCAAAAGUAAGGCUUACAUCACAUAAUUGCUAUUCACAGCAUCCAAAGCCUCAGCCAAUAAGGUAUCACGGCGUUGAUCGUCUCACAGAAAUUCUCAGUCACUAUAAUCAGACUUCAGAUAUUUUGUAUUAUGAAGUCCUGGAUAUUCCUUUACGAGAGCUGCAGGGCUUAAAAACUCUCAAAGUUACUUUUUAUCAUGCUGCCAAGGAUGAAGUGACUAUCCAUACUAUCAGAUUGCCAAAACAAAGUACCAUAGGAGAUGUUCUUAAUGACCUGAAAACAAAGGUUGAACUGUCACGGCCAGAUGCUGAACUAAGAUUGGUGGAAGUGUUUUACCACAAGAUAUAUAAGAUUUUUUCCCUUAAUGAAAGGAUUGAGAACAUAAUUGAUCAAUACUGGACGCUACGUGCAGAGGAGAUUCCUGAAGAGGAGAAAAACCUGGACCCUCAUAGUCGCUUAAUUCAUUUUUAUCAUUUUAUGGACGACACAGCUCAAAAUCAAGCAAGUGUGCAUCAUUAUCAACUAUCCCCGCGGUAAAUGGUACUGCAAGUAUUGUGAAAGUAUGCUACAGAGGGAGAAGUUCGCGGAACGCAAUGCGAAUGCCUUAGCAGCUGCCAGGGUCUCCGGCGUUGAUUCUAUAGAGCAAAUAACAAACCGCUGCAUUUAUUUUGUCAAGAACGCCGAAGAGGCUGAAUUUAUUGCAUGUGUUUUAUGCAGAGCUUAUGACUUUAGCAAGCCUGGUUUCGGUCCAUGGGCUGUCAUCCUUUGUGAUCAGUGUGAGAAAGAGCAUCACGUUGGCUGCUGAAGAAAAGCAAGUUAGCAGAUUUAAAGGAAUUGCCUAAAGGGAAGUGUUUCUGUAGUACAAAUUGCAAGAGGAUCUAUUCUGCACUGCAAAAUUUGCUAAACUCAGGAGAAGAAAGGUUGCCCGAUUCUUGUUUGGAUGCAACAAGGGUGAAGGAAAAUGAAAAGUUGUUUGGUUGCUGGUGGUGAACUUGAUGUUAGAUGGAGACUUCUGAGUGGAAGAGUUUCCUUCGUGAAACCCGAAGGCUUCUGGCAAAAGCUGUUUCUAUCUUCCAUGAUGGUUUCAAUCCUAUUGUUGAUUCAGUAACAGGACGUGACUUCAGUCCAUUUUAUGGUCUAUGG